GGUCUGUGAUGCUGACAAAAUAGUGAAAUAUGAGAAAUAUAUGUUCUGUUGAGCCGCGGCAGAAUAAAUAGCAUCGACUAGUGAUGAGUGAAUUCGAAUUUAAAUGCGUAGGAUGAUAAUAGGAAAGUCGUGAAAUGAUAUGUGCAUCGACGGGUGAUAUUCGUUGCUGUACUGCAAUUGAUAAUAAUCAUAAAAUUUGAAGUCAGUGGACGUUGUCGUCUGCGUUAUGACAGAUGCAUUGAGUUAUCAUUAAAUAUGUAUUAGUAGAAUGACCAGAGGAACAGAAUAGUGACUGAGUAGACGAGGUACAUAGAGUCGUAUUCCUUUUUGGUCAUGAAGCCUAGAAUGGUUUGUGUGGUUUGAGGGAGAUGCGCUCGAUCUCGUUUGUUACAAAACCGUACCAAGGCAUGACAAAAAUACCAAUACAUAUGAUUAACGAUGGCGACUUAUGAGACUGACUUGGAUGUGACGAACAAGAGUGUAUCUUUGAGAGGCUAGCUCUAAACUCUAUGUUCUGAUAUACCGAGCGAUUGGUAUAGAAUAGAAUAGUAGUUGCAGUACUCGAAUAGCGUUUUUGAGUGAUAAGUGAUGCAGCAUGUAGUUAUGCACGUGGAAGAAUAGAUAAAAUGAGCGUAAUGGUUACUAAUCAGCUAGUCAGAAGCAUCCACAGACAUAAUAGGAGGCGAUUUCGAAAUGAAAAAUGUAUAUUGUGAUAACAUAAAUUGCGGACCUCAACUAAGUGAAUGAAUGUAAUAUUAGACCAAAAUGACAUGAAAAAAAUUGGAACGAACUCACUUAAAGCAGGAAAAUUUCCAAUGAGUUUUAGAUGUCAUUACGUAGAGUGGAAUUUUCAUAAAAUGAUAAUUUGUUCAGUGAGUGAUAUGAUUGCGAAAAUGUCAUAAGUUAAUGACAGCACGAACAAGAUUAAUAAUUCCACAUUCGGUCAUGAUAUUGAUAAUAAUGUAAUAAUAAGCAUAUAAUGAUAAUUUGAAUCGUAAUGGAACAAUCCGAAAAAUGUAUCAAUGAGGUUAAUUGACAUGAGGACAAAGUAUCGAUAAGAUAAUACGACUUGAGCAUGUCCAUGUCAUGUUGCACAGGCUGUGCUGAUUGCGUCGGAUUGGAGAUUGCGCUGGCUUCGCUGAAUAUGUUCGUCGAACGUAUAGAGUGCAGAAGUGCCUUCAUCGACGUAGCUUGCUGCGCUGCGUUCGCCGUCGGCGGGCUUACCAAUGAGGAUGCCCGUUCGCAUGCUAAGCGAGCGAGAGCCAUAACAAAGCAAUUUUGACACGUAUGGAAGAUGGCUGGGAAGCCAACUCCAUUUUAAUUAAGUGUUACUCAGUAUUUAUAGGCAGACAAAAUAAGCUACAGACAUAUGAUGAAUCAUGGGACAUGAAGUGUACACACAUAUACGCUCAUGUGAAAACAGUCAAGGCUAAUAAGCGAAUAAUUGACAAGGUCAAAAUAUGGCUCAAGUAAAAUGAAUAAAAUAGGAUGUCCGGAAGUUAGAAUAAGGUAUAUGGGCUUGCCAUAAUAACUGACACUACAUGCAUCAUACGCCCCUCCGAUAGUCCGUGGGCAUCACCGCUCCAUAUGGUACCUAAGAAAAACUCUUCCGAAGUUAGACCGUGCGGUGACUAUAGAGCUCUCAACAGCCGGACCAUACCAGAUAGAUAUCCUCUCCCACAUUUGCAUGACUUCACUCAUAGCCUAUCUGACGUGUCGAUUUUUUCAAAAAUUGAUCUCGUCCGUGCUUACCAUCACAUUCCAAUUCAUCCAGACGAUGUUCCUAAAACAGCCAUUACUACCCCCUUUGGACUAUACGAAUUCGUCCGCAUGCCUUUCGGAUUAAGGAAUGCUGCACAAAGUUUCCAGCGUUUUAUUGACCAAGUGGUACGGGGCUUACCGUUUGUGAAUGCUUACAUAGAUGACCUACUUAUAGCAAGCAAAGAUGAAAAUGAACAUCUAACUCAUCUGAAAAUGCUUUUUGAGAAGCUAAACGAGUAUGGGUUAGCGGUCAAUCCUGACAAAUGUGAGUUCGGAAAACAAUCCCUCACCUUUUUAGGUCACGUACUUGAUAAGCAAGGCAUUAAACCAGUUCCUGAGGAAACACAAGCUAUCAAAAAUUAUCCUUUGCCUGAUUCAUUCAAGAAACUACGACGUUUCCUUGGGAUGAUCAACUUUUACAGACGUUUUAUCCCUAAAUGUGCAGACUUAGCAAAACCACUAACUGAUUUAUUAAGGGGACGAGCUAAAUCAUUAGCAAUGACACCGCAAGCAAUUCAAGCAUUUGAUCAGUUGAAAAGCGCUUUAAGCACAGAGGCAUUACUCGCACGACGAAAGGUUGAUGCACCUUUAGCAAUAAUGACCGACGCUUCUAACGUAGCAGUAGGUGCUGUACUUCAGCAACGUGUCAAUGAACAAUGGCAACCCCUUGCAUUUUUCUCAAAAAAGCUAAACGCAACGCAAACAAAAUAUAGCACAUUCGGUAGAGAACUGUUGGCUAUCUACUUAGCCAUCAAACACUUUCGCUAUAUGUUAGAAGGCAAUUCUUUCACGAUAUAUACUGAUCACAAACCUCUAACUAAGUCCUUGAUGCACAAUCAUGAUAAAUACAGUCCGCGCGAAAUUCGUCACCUAGAAUUCAUUUCACAAUUUGCAGCUGAUAUACGCUAUAUUAAAGGCAAUGCAAAUGAGGCAGCAGAUGCACUAUCGAGAUUAAAUAUCAAUACUUUCUCGAUCCCUGAUAUAGACUAUCAAGAAAUGGCAAAGCAUCAAAAACUCGAUACGGAGCUACAAAAGCCUUUGCAGUCUAAGGAAAUGAAAUUAUUAUUCCUAAACAUCCCCAUAAACAACAAGGACACCUUAGCUUGUGAUACCUCAACAGGUAAAACUCGCCCUUUUGUAUCUUUCGGUAUGAGACGAAAUAUUUUUGAGAAAUUACACAAUAUAUCUCAUCCAGGUAUAAAAGCCACUGUAAAGCUUGUCACAGAUAGAUUUGUAUGGCCAAAAAUAAACAAAGACGUAAGAAAAUGGUCACGGGAAUGCGUCCAAUGCCAAAAAUCAAAAGUACAUAGGCACAUCAUAUCUCCUACCGGGAUUUUUCCCGCCGCUAGCGCUAGGUUCGACCAUAUUCAUAUCGACAUUGUUGGACCGUCACCGAUUUCUAAUGGUUACACGCAUAUAUUAACAUGUAUAGAUAGAUUUACGAGAUGGCCCAUAGCUGUUCCGUUAAAAGACACGUCAGCAUCAACAGUGGCGAAGAAGCUGGUGAAACACUGGAUUACAAACUUCGGUGUCCCUACAACAAUUACGAUCGACCGUGGAACGCAAUUCGAAAGCAAACUAUUUCAGCAACUUACAGAUACUUUCGGUAUAAAGAGAAUUAGAACCACUGCUUAUCAUCCGUCUGCUUAUGGAAUGAUAAAAAGAUUCCAUAGACAGUUAAAAGCCUCUUUGACGGCCGCACGAGGAGAUUACAAAUGGGAUAUCAAGCUUCCUUUGAUACUAUUAGGCAUUCGCUCAACCAUCAAACAAGACCUCGGUUGUUGUGCUGCUGAGUUGGUUUAUGGAACAACAUUACGUUUGCCUGGUGAAUUUUUUGACCGUGCAACAGAUAUUCCAGCAGAUAUAACCAACUACGUACAACAAUUAAAACAGCAGAUGGAAUCCAUUAGGUCCGUUAAACCACGAACCCAAAAGAUGAAAUCAUUCGUACCCAACGAACUAGACAAAUGCUCACAUGUAUUCGUGAGAAAUGAUAGAGUACGACAGCCGUUACAGACUCCUUACGACGGCCCUUUUAAAAUCAUCCGAAAGGACACUAAAACGGUUACAGUGGAAAGAGCAGGUAAACAUGAUACUGUUAGCAUCGAUAGAGUAAAACCAGCAUUUUUAGAGAACACUGAAAAACAGUCUAAACCUGCAGCAGAGCAAGCACCAUUCAAACUACCUGCAACAAGCAACACUUCAAAUCAAAGUUCAGCAGCAGCACAAACUACAACAAGAUCAGGAAGAAGAGUACAUUGGCCAGAUAGGUAUGUAGCAACCACUAUAUUUAUCUAGACGAAAUCCUGAGACUACUCUUAUAACACAUAAAAAUCCUACUUUAUUUUGAUUACUAUUUUUUUUAUUGGCCCCACGGAUCAUCAUUAUGCUUACAUUUUAACUUUAUACAAUUCAUUAAUGUUAAAUAUACACUUGUAUAUACAUGAUAUGAAACGUUUCAACACACAAGCUGUUAUUACAAUUUUACGCUUACUCAUCAUAUUGAGUUGUACUUUUAUUUUAAAAACAGUUCCGUUCUUUAUCUCUUUGUCGAACAUAGAUGUUAAUCCAAUUUUUUUUGGUACAUAAAAACAUCAAUGUUCUGGAUGGGAGCUUAUGUGGCAAGCCCAUUUGGCUACUGUAUCAUUUAUCUAGUCAUUGUAACUCAGACUCAAUUCACUAUGUUAAUUUCGGUGUGUAUGAUCGAAUGUAUGUCUGUACAUUAACUCUUAUACUAUCUUCCUAUUGGUUUCAAUGUGCAGAUAAUCGAUAAUCUAUCCACACCCGAUUAACUCUCAAAUAUAUAUGGAUUUUUAACAGACUCACUCACUCACUCUGUUUCAUCGUGUGCUUGCUCAUCGUACGCUUGUGGAUUAUUAUUAUUCAUUAACAAUAAACUAUCUCUAUAACUGG